UCUGUGAAGGUCUCCAUCUAGUUGUGAUAGCCAGUAUCCUCACCUCACCCACAGCCCACCAAUCACAGCACUCCUUUGUAUUCUCUCUCCUACAUGCACACACACACCCCUCUACAAAGCCACCACCAGCAAAAUGUUCACAAACCCUUGACAGCCUCAGGUCAGGUAAACAAUCCUCUCCCUCAGUUGAACCCCAUCCACUUCUUUAUCAUCCUUUCCCUCCCUUUCCUCCCCUCAUUUCCAUUUCCAGGAGCAGCUUGGCUCCUCCCCUCCUCUCUCUCUUCUUCUGCCAUGGCAAAUGCUUCUCUCCGGUCCUUUCUUCUUCACCACCACCAUUCUUUCCUCAGCAGCAGCCAUGAAGGAUCCUCCCCUCCUGUGGUACUCAGGCUCACAGCCAACACUAACACCAGCACCAGCACCAGCAUUUCCUUCAAGCUCUUCUCCAACACCACCUCAUCAUCAUCAGUGACCACAGCCUCAAGCCCCAACUCAUCAGCUCCAACUCCGGCGACCCCCACCACGCCUCCUCCGCCGUCGCUGGAGCUCCUGGGCAGCCAGCUCGCCGGGAGGGAUUACCGCGGGGCCGACGAGACCACCCGCGCGCUCCUCAUCGAGCUUGCCGGUGAGCCCGCGCGGCGCCGCGGGUACGUCUUCUUCUCGGAGGUGCAGUUCAUCUCCACUGAGGACCUCCGGGCCAUCGACGCGCUCUGGAGGGAGCACAGCGGCGGCAAGUUCGGGUACAGCGUGCAGCGGCGGCUGUGGGAGAAGUCGCGCCGCGACUUCACCCGCUUCUUCAUCAGGGUGGGCUGGAUGAAGAAGCUGGACACCGAGGUGGAGCAAUUCAACUACAGGGCCUUCCCUGAUGAGUUUGUGUGGGAGCUGAGUGAUGACACACCUGAGGGGCACCUGCCUCUCACCAAUGCCCUCAGAGGGACACAGCUCCUGGGGAACAUACUCACACACCCUGCCUUUGGGGAGGGCCAAGAAGAGGAAGCAGAGUUGGAGAGUGAGACACCUGCAGCCACUGGUCAGAGCAAGGAUGACAACAAAGGGAAGGAGAGGCCAAAGUUCAUGAGAGAUUUCAAGCCUGACUACUCCUUUUGAAGAUGGGGCUGUCAGCAUGGAAGUUUGUGAUGCAGAGAUGCUGUUGUGGUGCAAUUAAUUUAGAAAGGAAAGAAAUGGGAACAUGUAUCUGUAGUUCCAUCUGGUUUGUUAUGUCCUAAACAUGCGUGGGAAACUGCACAAUAUAUUAUGAAUAUAAUUGUUUGAGAAGCUGUUUGCUCUGCACAUGAA